AUGGAAAUUGAUGACAUACCAAUUGUAAAUGACCAUGUUAGAUCUCAAGACUUUCGAAGAGGUGAUCAUAUUACUUCCGAUGGAGACGUGCGGAUUGAAUUGAGAAAAUUGGGAGAGCCUGUGACUUAUUUUGGGGAGAACAAUGCUGAUAGAAGAGAAAGGUUAUUAAAAUUACUUAGAGAAAAACCACAUACGGAUUUUGAAGUUGCUUAUAUUGAAGAGAAAGAUGCUGAUGGACAACUGGGGCUUAGAUCAGAUGAGGAUACAGAAGAAGAAGAAGAGGAAGAUUUCUAUACUCCUGGUUCAAAUGAAUUAUUAAAAGCGAGAAUAGACAUCCUACAUUUCUCUUUAGCCAGAGCUUCUGAAAGAAUACGAAAAUCAAAAGAAAAGUCAGCUAAUCAGGAUUUUAUUAAACUUCUUAAACAUAGGCGAUCGAUAAACCUGUCUCUACUGAAUUAUGAACUUUUCGGAACUCAACUGAUUCCUGAGAAUACACGAGCCCUUGCUGCAGUUAGAUUUAGCAAGGCAGAUGACUCCUACUUAGCAUGUGGAUCAUGGGAUGGUCAGAUAUUCAUUCUUCGUAGGGAGAAUUUGGCAGUUGUAGCUACGCUGGCUCCCGGUGCACAUCAAGAAAAGGCGAGUGCAAUAGAUUGGUGUGUAACAAAAAAUGUUUUAGUAAGUGGAGGAAGCGAAGGUAAUAUUAAUCUUUGGAGAAUAGAAGAAGAUGACUUGCAUUCAAACCUCAAGCCAAUAAUUUCCAUAAAAGAGGCUCAUGGUCAUAGGAUCUCCAAGUGUUUAUUUCACCCUUCUGAAAAUUUCAUUGCUUCGACUUCUUUUGACCAAACUUGGAAAUUAUGGGAUGUAAACAGACCCCAGGUGCCAUUAAUAGAACAGGAGGGUCACUCGAGAGAAGUUUUCGGUGGGUCUUUUCAUCCUGAUGGAAGCUUGUUUGCGUCUGGAGGUCUAGAUGGUAUAUGCAGAGUAUGGGAUUUGAGGUCAGGAAGAUCAAUUGCAACCUUAGAUAAACAUGUCAAGGGAAUAUAUAGCAUAGACUGGUCACAAAAUGGUCGGCACUUUGCAACCGCUAGUGGCGACUGCUCAAUCAAAGUUUGGGACAUAAGAAAAUUGGAAAGAGGGUCCGAUGAGAUAUUUUCUAUACCAUCUCAUACUAACUUGGUUAGUGAUGUGCGUUUUUUCUCUCAGCAAAGAAGUACCCCUUUAGCUAAAGAAGUAACCGAUGAGAACGAUCAAUUUCCCGAGGUAUUGGACGCGAAUGGAACAUUCCUCGUUAGCUCUUCGUACGAUGGAACUGCAAAAAUAUGGUCAGCCGACAACUGGGUGCAAGUUAAAACAUUAAAAGGUCACAGCGAUAGAGUGAUGAGCUGCGAUGUCAGUGCUGAUGGUCUGUCUAUCGUCAGUUGUGGCUGGGACAGAUCCCUCAAGCUUUGGACAUUUUUUUAG